UAAGAAAGUAUAAUUUAACCCAAUUUCCCCUGAGGUGUUUAACACCCCAGCAUGCAUAGAAAAAUAGGAACCUUCUAUAAAGGGUAAGAAAGUAGAGUUAAACGUGGGUUACGCUGAAAAGUUUGAGAAUUUCCUAAUGAAGCAAGGUGCUAUGUACAACAAUUAUUGCAUCUUAUAGCACCUUUGUUAAAAACGUUGCUGUCUAAAAGAGUGACAGAAUCAUCGAAUCAUGGAUAGCCUGUACCCAAAUUUAUACGAGAGAUUCAAAUCCGAGGGUCUCUGCCCAAUUUGCCUGCUGGAGAUGGAAUUAGCACCCAGAUACACUUGUACAAACGGACACACGAUUUGUUACCGUUGCAAACCGUACUAUCACGGUUGUCCUACCUGUCUGGCACCGUUAGACGUGCAAAUGCCACCUUCGCAUUCGAGUUCAAGUUACACGCCACCUCCUAGUCAUUUCUUGCCCCACCCUGUCCCGCCGCAAAUCCAUGAAAAUUAUCCAACCGCACCACCGGCGGAGGAUUUCCUCGAACACGAGAGAAGCUGGUUUCCAUCUGAACCGCCUGAAAACCAGGAACUACGGUCUUGCGCGUAUGCCGAUUCAGGAUGCGGGGUGAAAGUUCCGGCACAGUUGGCAGAUCUACACGAGUCUCGAUGUCAGUUUCGUCCCCACUUGGAGGAGGAACAACUGCCUACGGAUCUGGUUCACCAACAGGACGACUUGGUCGUGUGCAGAUACGAAGCAGUGGGUUGCAAAGUGAGGACAACACCCUGGAGAACUUCGAUCCACGAGAAAUAUUGCAUUUACAAGGAUCGCCACGAAGCUCUGAACGAGAUCAACGAAGCAUUGCAAAAUACAUCGAUCACGGAGGAUCAGUACAACGAUCCUGACGAAUUGGUCGAGUGCAAGUACAGGAAGUACGGUUGCAUGGUGAACAUGCCGAGAAGACGAAAACCGAUGCACCAAGAAAAAUGUAACUACAAGAAAUACGCUAAUGACGAGUCGUCUGAAAAUGAGGACGAUGGAUCGGAUGAAUCGUCUGAAAAUGAGUACGACCUUAACGAGCAAGUAUCCUGCAGAUGGGCUGAAUAUGGUUGCAGAGUGAAACCAAAGAGAUGCGAUUUGGAAACCCAUGAAGAAAGGUGCAACCAUAAAAUGGAGGAAUGUAGUUUCAAGUAUAACGGAUGCAGCGCUUUGUUCACUCCGUUUAAAAGGUUUGCUCACGAGAGCGGCUGUCAAUUCGCUGGUUAAAAUUCACGUGAAAUUAAGUAUUGCAUUUCGCGAGAAACUAUCCUCUUGUAACAUUUAUUUUAGAAACAGGAUUCUCGAAUAACGCGCGAUGAAAAUGUUGUAUGUGAAUAAACAUGUUUUUAAAAAAGGAA